AAAGCAGCAUAGAGACAAACUAAAUAGUACCUUGAGAUAAUCUUGAAGUCAAAGGUUGUUGGAACUUGGAACCUUAUUUUGUUAUCUGAUAGGGAACAGAGCUAAUUUCGGCUGAUCUUAUUUUUUAUAUUCAGCACUUUGGGUAUAUGCCAGUCAGUUGUCAAGAAUGGGUUUCCUAUACAAGCUACUGUUAAUUGGAAGUGCUUUGAGUGCUGUGUAUAUUUCACAGUUAUUCUUGAAGAAUCCUCCAAUUCCCCAAUUUAAGGACCAGUGGUGGGGUGAAGGUCAACCGAGAGUACAAGAUGAAUCUAUUAAACCAUUCAAAAUUAAAGUUUCUGAUGAGGUCCUGUCUGAUUUACAAGACAGAUUGAGUAGAUCAACACGAAUUGUACCUGGAUUGGAAGGCAUUGGGUUCCAAUAUGGAUUUAAUGCUCAAUAUAUGAAGACUGUUAAAGAUUACUGGAUGAACACUUAUGACUGGAAAAAACAGGAAGCUUUUUUGAACACCUUUCCUCAUUUUAAAACCAACAUUGGUGGACUAGGCAUUCAUUUUAUCCACUCAAAACCCAGUGGGCAGGCAAUCAAAAAUAAAAAAGUAUUGCCAUUACUUCUACUUCAUGGAUGGCCGGGAUCGUUCGUCGAGUUCACCAAAAUGAUUCCUUUGCUGACUCAAGAAUCCGACAAAUAUGAUUUCGUGUUCGAGCUUGUAGUUCCGUCUUUACCUGGUUACGGAUACUCUGAUGCAGCCAGGAAGCCUGGUUUAGGAGCGGCUGAAAUGGGAUUCAUUUUUGAUCGGUUAAUGAAGAGACUCGGUUACGAUCGCUAUUACAUCCAGGGAGGGGACUGGGGUUCUCUAAUCGGUUCGGAUAUGGCUACCCUUUUCCCUCACAGGGUUAAGGGCCUUCACUUGAACAUGGUAGCGGUUAACACCAUUGGGAGCAACCUCGGUCUCAUGCUCAGUUCUCUUUGGCCGUCUCUACUGAUGCCGGCUGAUAAAGUCCCUCUAACAUAUCCCCUCAGCUCCAGGUUCAUGCAUAUCGUCCAAGAGACUGGAUAUCUCCACCUUCAGGCUACUAAACCCGAUACUGUUGGAAUGGCGCUGAGUGAUUCUCCAAUUGGACUGGCCGCCUACCUUUUGGAAAAGUUCUCAACUUGGACCAAAGCUAGCGGAAAACAGCUCCAAGAUGGCGGUUUGCUGGAAAAGUUUACCAUGGAUGAGCUGCUAAACAAUGUCAUGAUUUACUGGACAACUAAUUCCAUCACAACUUCUAUGCGCAUGUACAGUGAAACACUCAGCAGUAAACAAUUCGGAUAUAAUUUAGACAAUAUUGCUUGCGUGGUGCCGACAGGAGCAUCUGUAUUUCCCGAAGAACUUUUCGUUCAACCAGGCCCACUGGCGAAAUUCAAGUACACUAAUUUAAUCAGUUACAAUAUUAUGGAUCGUGGAGGACAUUUUGCGGCUUACGAGGAGCCGCAACUACUAGCCGACGAAGUGAUCGAGUUCGUGCAGAAAGUCGAAAAGCUGUGAAGCACAUCAAAUUGAUUGAUUCAACACUGUAAAUCUUUUUUUGUUUCAUUUUAUUUACAAAGCCAAAUAAAGUGAAGGUAAACUGGG